UGAAGAGAGAGAAGCACGAGAGCGUAAAUCGUGGCGAAGGAAGAAAGAAGAAAGCGAAUGGAAUGGGAAAGAAAAGGGAGGAUGAUCGUUUCUCACGAAAACCCAUAGAGAAGGUUUUCCUUAAAAAGGUUGUACCUUCUCCUACGAAAUGCAGUUUUCAUGUCGACGAGGAAGCUACCACCGAGAUGACCGUGAAAGUUAACAGAAAGUUAGGCAACGUAAUCCCAACGUCAAAUGUGCAGACCUUCAAAAAGCCAGAAAUAUCUUACCUGGAAAUUCAUCGUCGUAGAUUGAGUCUGCCGCGUUACAGACACACUAUUCGAUCUCCGGAGGGAUUGAGUCUGUCGAUUUACGGAGACAGCGAGGAACUCGAUAUGGAGGAAGGAGGAGGUGGUCGUAUCUCCUUUUCCGACUUCUCAAGGGACGAUCAAAGCGAACUCAGCUUCUACCGGCGUCUCAUCGAGCGUUCCGCGACGCGAUUGCCUCGUACUACCAGAUCCUGCGAGACCGUGCGUUCUCUUCGCAUCUCCACGGAUUCAGCAAAGAGUUCGGAUAAUUUUCCUAGAAUACGAACAUCUUUCAAAAGCAGCGCCUCCGAAAGCAGAUUGGCCAAAAAGUCUACCUAUAAACCGUAUACUAUCGAGGAUUAUCGAAGUUUGUCUGUACCAAAGCCCGAUCGCUCUCUUGGACCCGACAAGGAAGAAAUAUUGGCUAAGAGAGAGUGGUUGAUGCGACGGAGGUCAUACGGGGACUUGGUUAGUGAACGCAACCGCCAGCAUAUACUUCACACAGCACAGAGAUUCAAGUCGCGACGCAUCGCGCCUCGAAAAUGUUUUCUACCUUCUUUGAACCAUCGGAACACCGAUCCGAAGAACCAUAAGAAUUCAUCGAUUACAGAAAAGAAAGUAAAUGGACGAAGUGAUAGCGUCGAGAGAAAAAAUCAUUCAAAUCGUCCAGCUAAAUUGGUGAUAUCGAAACAGAGUACGAUGAAUUCAUCGAGAAAGAUAAAGAAACAAGGAAAAUCGACGAAUUGUUACAGCCCUCUAAAUUCAUCCAACCAUUUCGAAGAUUCUUAUCUGGAUUCUCUACGACAACGACAUUUACAUGAGAAAGAGUUGGUAGAUAAAUUAAUAAAGCAAGCAAUUAGUUCCUGAAGAUCUAAACGUAAGAUAAUUUAUUGUUUAUUUAUUUGAAGCUAAAAUAUGUAUCAUCCUACUACCAUGUUGUUAAAUGCGUCAACGAAUUAUUUUGUUAGUCUUUUUCUUUUUUUUUGUAUUCACUGUUACAGUAGAGGGACUCAUUUAA